AUGGGCUUCUCUACAAGACCUGGGGACCUGAAAAGUGUGGAGUCUGGCAGCAGGAGCACCAUGGGAAUGGCCAGAGAACUGAGUCAGAGUUCCAUCAUAGAGCGGGUGAAAGCAGCUGAUGGCACAGAAACCUUUUCCAGACCACCACGUCCACCACCACCAAAAGGAAUACUGAAAGCAUCUGCAAGUAAGUCUGAGCAAGAUGAAAGAUCCCCUGAAAGGGCUGUUCAAGACCAAGACACCUUCUUUUCCUCCACUUCAUCAGAAAUGGGCUUCUCUACAAGACCUGGGGACCUGAAAAGUGUGGAGUCUGGCAGCAGGAGCACCAUGGGAAUGGCCAGAGAACUGAGCCAGAGUUCCAUCAUAGAGCGGGUGAAAGCAGCUGAUGGCACAGAAACCUUUUCCAGACCACCACGUCCACCACCACCAAAAAGGUUCCAGAGGAAGAAGCCAAAUAUAAGGCAACAAGGAUCAGAGUCUCCCACCAGGCCAUCAAGGCGCAAAGAGCCUGUUGGUCAGAGACACCUGAGAGUCAAUCAGGACAUUCCUUACAUGGAGGAUGGAGAGACUGAAGUACCUGAGGAAAAUGUGCAGCAGAGUUACCCCUGUCCUUUCCUGUUUGAAACUCAUGACACAUUUGCUGACUCUGAGGCCUUUGUGGAAAUGCUCACUCAGAACAUCCUCAAGGACUCCUGGGAUGACUACAAAGGACAAAUCCUACCCAAUAGUAAUAGUGCCAGGAGCACAUCACAGACCCUGUGGAAACUGCCACAGAGCACCCAAGAAGUGGGGGCAUCCCUCAUCAAGGCCCUGGAGCUCCAAGUGGAGAUUGAGAACAAACUCAAGGAAGACAGGGACACCAGAGAACGUCGCAUGAGAGACAUUGAGUCCUGGGAACAAGAGAUCAGAAGCAUUCAAAUCCCACCCAGCAGCUCUGCUGGUUGCUGGGACUCCCACUCAGCAUCAUCCAGCAGAGUCAUGAUGGCCUCCCAGAGUCUGGACAGAAGAAGACUGCGACCUGCAUCAGCACACACCAUCAUCACAACAGACUCUGCUGCUGCUGCUGGUAAUAAUAAUAAUAAUAACAGGGCCUGGAUGAGGUCCAGCACUUUGCCAAGACCCCCCAGACCCCCUGUGAGGACCAAGAACAAGGAUAUUCCGAGGGGCGUGAUCCAAGCCAUCGUGGAGAUCAGCAGGGGCGUGUUCAUGGAGGCGGCCAUUGACAAGGACCGGACUGUCAAAGAGCUCGGACAGGGUCUGAGCGUGCCUGAACUCAAGGUGGGCAGACUGAGCGUCGAGGAGCUCAGUGCAGUCAGGGUCAUUGUCAACAACUUGGCUGCCAAACACGCAGCAUCCGCAUUAUUCGACUCUUCUGCCAAAAUUGGCCAGAUUUAUGCCAAAAGUUCUCGCGUGCCACUUAUGAUGGAGAAUAAUAAUAAUGAAGAGAAAAACGCGGAUGACUUGAGUCAUGUGUCGACUGAUGACGUGAGCAAAACGGAAGACUUUAGCAAGACGGAAGACAUUAGCAAGACAGAUGAUGUCACCACAACAUUUGAGUCGCUUCCAGGGGAAACUACUGAGUCAUCAGCAACCUUUGACACUGACUGUGAGAGUGAUCUGGAGGGGUCCAUAAAACCUCAGAAUCAAUGUGUGCAACCUGAAGCAUUUCACAACAAAAAGCUCAAUGAAGACAUGUUGGCUGACAUGUACCAUAUUUUGGUCAACAAACGCAGUCCAGAGAUGAGUACAAAACAAUUGGCCAAGCUAAUGCAAAAAGAACUUGGCAAGGAUGGGGAGCACCAGUUGGUGGACUUGUGCAGAAUGUGCACCAAUGACCUGCUCAAUUGUUACAACAGUCAUGGAUUGAGAGCCUCAUCAGGAGAAUCCCUGGAAAAAUACCCAAAUUCAAUGACACCAAAGAAUGUGGAGUCCAUUGAAUCCCUGGGUGAAGGAGAAGAUGCAGAGUACCAUGUUGAUGAAGCUCUGGAAAGGAUGGCAGAGGCCAUAUUGCUUUUGAAACUGCUGGAAACAUCUUCAUUUUUUGAAACCCUACCAAUUAAAAACUGGGAAGUGGCUCCUGCUGAUGCUCAAUCCAAAGAACUUGACAGACUGUUCAUUGGUCAUUUAAUAUUCUUUCACUUGAAGACCAUGUCAGGACAGGUCUUUGAGAUCCCAUGCAAGAUUGUAAAGAAGAACCAGUUUGCUGAGGCAGCCACUGUGACUUUGGGAUUUGGACUCUUUCCCAGACUCACAUUCAUCAACCAUUCAUGUUUUUCCAAUUUGCAUGUUUCAACUGCUGCCAAUGGGGAGGUUGUGGCAAGGAUUGUUUAUCCAGUCAAGGAUAAUCAGGAGUUGACAAUUUCCUAUGGUGACAUUGGGUGGGACUUUGCUUGUGAAUGCCAAGCUUGCACAGAAAACUGGCCUCUUGCCUGGGACAUGAACCAGGACUUGGAGCUGUGCUGUCCAUCCUGCACAACACCUUUGCCAACAGAAGAAGUGAUUGACAGGGUCACAACAGGAAACACUUGCAUAUGUCCAACAUGUGAACAUGACCAAACCCAAGUCCUCUUGGAGCUGGCUGAUGAAUUUCUGUCAACUGACAACAAACUGUCAUCUUCAACUGCACUUUUUCCUAUUCCAAAAUCCUAUCAGAAGUCCUACAAACUCCUGUUUGUCAGUGGGCGCCCUGAAGCAGCUGCUCAUAUGAUGGAGUCUUUUUUGACCAAAUUCAGCUCACUUUUCAAGAUGCCCAGUUACCCCAUCACUCUGGCCACAACACACUUGUUCAACUGUUACAAUUUCAUGCAUAAUAAUGUUUUCUUUGAUGACUGAUUAAUCAUUGGGAGGAAUUGAAUAAAGGGUUUUGCAGAACUC